CCUCUUCCAAACAGGAGACACGGAGCGGAGCUCACACAUCAUCCCGCCACUAUCCCUCCGCCGAGAGAAUGGACUCCACCGCUGUGCUGCUGCUGCUCACCGUGACCGCCGGAACUCUGCUCCACGGAAAAAGAUGACGGCACUCCUGGAGACCUGCUGAUCAAACAGGCCCGCAGUAGCGAGGCCACGGUCCAGGCCACGGACCAGUAUGCCCCGCGGGUCAGCAUCGACCACAAGUUGAGCCUGCGCAUCACACAGGCCUCGCUCAGAGACCAGAAGACCUUCACCUGCAUGGUGGUGUCCGGCUCCAACCUCAUGGAGUACCCCGUCACCGUCAGCGUGUGCAAGAAGCCGUCUUCAGUUCAGAUCAUGGACCGCUCGGCUGCGCUGCAGAAGGACAGAGCCACUGCAGUGGGAACAUGUGUUGCAGCAGAUGCAAACCCUGCAGCUACAAUCACGUGGAAAAAGAACGGAAAGCCCUUGGUAGCCGAUGGGAAAACCGUUCUGAUCACUCCCAGCAUGAAGCUGGAUCCAGCUUCAGGCCUCUCCACCACCUCCUCCACCCUCCAGUAUGCAGCUUCCAAAGAGGACAAUGUCUCUGUCUUCUCUUGCAUGUCCACACACCAGCUGACCAAUCAGGAGGCUGAGCUGGAACCCUUUCCCAUUCACUAUCCAUCAGAGAAGGUUAGCCUCCAAGUUCUGUCCAAGACGCCGGUCGUAGAAGGAGAUAACGUCACGUUGCAGUGUCACGCUGAUGGAAACCCCCCCCCCAGCUCCUUCUUCUUCCAUAUGAAGGGCCAGAAAGCGCUGGUGGAAAAUUCGGACACCUACACGCUGACGUCCAUCAGCAGAGAGACUGGGGGGGAAUACAAAUGCUCCCUGGCUGACAACGAGAAAAUGGAGUCCUCCCAAACCAUUGUUGUUAGCUACCUGGACCUGAGUCUGACCCCCUCUGGGACCGUGCGGAAGGCAAUAGGGGACAGCUUUUCUGUGAAGGUGGAGCAGAGCUCCUCGGAUGUGGCUCAAGUGUUGUGGACUAAGAAUGGACAGGAAGUGAGGCAGCCGGAGUUCAGCUGGCUGACGUACGCUGAUGCAGGAGUAUAUGUGUGUGAGCUCUCCAUGCCCGGCCUCACGCGGCACCGCAGCGUUGAGCUGAUGGUAGAAGGAAAGCCAGAAAUCACGGGCCUGAACAAACACCGCCCUGAUGGCGCCAGCUACAAAGUUCUGACCUGCGAGGCAACGGGAGUUCCAGAACCCAGCUUCCACUGGAGCGUCAACAGUACGAACGAAGAGAGCUCUUACAUCAACGGCAAGGCCACCCAUAAAAUCAGUGUCAUCCCCAAGCUGAAUCUGACCGUCACCUGCAGCGUCAGCAACCGGCUGGGAGACGACACCCUUACCAUCAACGUUUCCUCCGUUUUCAAGGAGGAAAAGGAAGAAAAAGGAUCUAAGGAGGAAUCGGAGGACCAGUCCAAGCUCAUAGUGGGGGGGGUGGCAGGGCUCCUCAUAGCUGCUGCUGUGGUGGCACUCGUCUACUGGCUCUACAUGAAGAACUCCAGACAAGGAAGCUGGAAAACUGGUGAGAAGGAGGUGGGAACAUCAGAGGAGAGCAAGAAGCUGGAGGAGAACCAUCCCACGGUUUGAACUGCAGGGCUGAGAGAAGCAGUUGAAGCAGCUGUUCAACAGUAAGGACCAGACUCCCCCCCCACUGUUCCUGUGUGCACACUGAAGCUGCUCAGUUACUGUUCUUUAGUGUUCCUGGUGAAUGCUCCAUGUUCUGUGAUGUUUUUUUUGCUCAGUUCUUCCUUCAGGAUUUUGAUUUUUUGUUCGUUUUUGAAAUCCCUCAAAGAAUGUAAAAACUCAAAUUUUGAAUAUUAUAUAUAUAUACAUAUAUAUAUUAGGGCUGUCAAACGAUUAACAUUUUUAAUCAGAUUAAUCACAGCUUAAAAAUUAAUUAAUCAUGAUUAAUCACCAUUCGAACUAUGUCCAAAAUAUGUCAUUUCUUUAUGUAUAUUGUUGUGGGAAUGGAAAGAUAAAUGAAAGAAGGCGGAUAUAUCCAUUUAACAUGUUUAUUGUAACAUUUUUCUGUAUGUCAAAAUGAAAGAGAGCACCUAUCAAUCAUCAAACCGUGGGGUCUUAAUUCAU